AAUGCAGCCCCGGGCGCGGGCGCGGGCGCGGGCGGAGAUCACGGCGCCGACGACGGUGGGGAAUCGGGCGCUCCCGACGCCACUACCGUCGGGCUUCCGUCUUCCAACGGGCAUGGUGGCCCGGCCGCUGUGGAGUCCGAGGAUGGUGUGGGCGAAGGCAAAGCGGAGGGGGGCGACAAUUCUGAAGAUGGACUACUGAGGGAGCAGGGGGAAGAGCUGGGCGGAGAAGAGGCUGCAUCGGCUGAACUUGGAAUUGACCAUGCCGAUGAUGGUGCUGAUUCCGCCUCACCUGCUUUGGAUUCUGUAGUUGAUGGCAAGGAGCUCGGAAAGGAAACAAGUGAUCCUUCUGAUGUUGCGGCUCCUGAAGAACAACAGGAUGGAGCGGAUGCUUCUCUGGAAUCGUCCAGUAGUCCGGAUGAUACCCCGACACAGGCUGAGUCUAAUCCAAUCGUACUGGGCAAGGAGCUCGAGGAAAAGGAGGCAAGUGAUCCUUCUGAUGUUGCGGCUCCUGAAGAACAACAGGAUGGAGCGAAUGCUUCUCUGGAGUUGGCCAGUAGUCCGGAUGAUACCCCCACACAGGCUGAGUCUGAUCCAAUCGUACUGGGCAAGGAGCUCGAAAAAGUAACAAGUGCUCCUUCUGAUGUUGCCACUCCUGAAGAACAACAGGUUUGGGCGAGUGGUUCUCUGGAAUCCAGCAGUCCGGAUGAUACCCCCACACAGGCUGAGUCUGAUCCCGUCGUAUUGGACAAAGAGCUCGAAAAAGAAACAAGUGCUCCUUCUGAUGUUGCAGCUCCUGAAGUACAACAGGAUGGGGCGAAUGCUUCUCUGGAAUCCAGCAGUCCGGAUGAAACCCCCACACAGGCUGAGCCUGAUCCCAUCGUAUUGGGCAAGGAGGUCGAAAAGGACACAAGUGCUCCUUCUGAUGUUGCCGCUCCUGAAGAACAGCAGGAUGGAGCGAGUGCUUCUCUGGAGUCCAGCAGUCCGGAUGAUACCCCCACAGAGGCUGAGUCUGAUCCCAUUGUAUCAGAGUCUGAUCCCAUCGUACUGGAGUCUGAGGGUAGUGGCGAGCAAAGCAAAGAAGAAGAGAUUGAUGCUGAAAUCAAGGAGCUGGGCACAGAUGGAUCAGGUGUUUCUGAGGUGAAUGGACAGCAUGAUGCUGGCGUGAGUGCUGAUUCAUGUGUAACUGCUACUGAGCCUGUGAUUCACCUCAAUGAGGGCAAGCAUCAACAGUCUGCUGUCACAGAAUUGGUGGAGCAGGAUGGGAGCAACGGACAUGCCCAUGCUGAGCCAAUUGCUGAUUCUUGCACAUCUGCUCCUGAGUCUGACAUUGAUGGGGGCUUAGAGCAACAGUCAGAUGCACUGGAGGCUGAGCCUGAAGUGUCAGAUGGAAGCAAUUGUGGAGCAUACAAGGGACCUGUAGAAGAGGAAGUUGCUGCGAAUGGCCUUGGCUGUGCUGAGGACACUCUUAAUACUUCCGCAGAGCUUGAAACUGCGGUUGAUGAGGGUGAGGGCGAAGUCGCCUCUGGUGUUGUUGAAACGGAAGCCGUAAUAGGAAAAGAUAGUGAGGGAGAUUUGCAUGAUGGUCAGGUUGUUGCUGUCACAUCUGAUGAGGAAGCGAAACCUCCUGCCGAGGAGGGAAUAAGUGAAGCCAUUCCUGCUGAAUCUGGGGUGUGUGUAAUUACUGGGAAUGUAAGGGAACCAGUAGUGCAAGAUGAUGAAUUGGUCAAGAAUGAUGUCUCUCCUGGCAUACUUCAUUCAGAACAAUCUGAACCAGAUCAAGUUGUUGAACUUAAUGGGGGUCAAGAAGUCCAGGUAGAAGUUGCUGCAGAUGAUGGAAACACGCCAGUUUCUGAUGUGAAGGCUGUCAUCGUGGAAAUGAACACAUCAGACAGCGUUCAAACACAAGAUCUUGGGUCUGCAUUGGAAGACAGGAGUGUGCCACCGCACGAGAAUUCAAUAGGCGAAGUCGAGGAGGAGGUAAACGAACAUGCUUGCCCUGAUGAUGCACAUUUAGCUCUGAAUGACUAUUCUUCUGUACAGACUGGAAAGCAAGGGCAGUUCGAAUUACCUGGUGCUGGUGUAGCUGAUAAAGCUGACAAUGUUGUGUUAGAGGCAGAACCAAGGAAUGGGGUUGAGACGGAGGUUGUUGACGUUGUUCGGUUGGAUGUGCCUGCAGCUUCUACUGUUCAUAAUGAACCAAGGUCCAUUGAUUUCAUCAACAAUGCUAGCCUGGAUACUGAAUUGGAAACUUCUGACCAUGUACAGGCAAUGGAGUGUAGUUCUCAGGAAGUAUCUAGCACCACUGUCGAUCAAGUUAUAUCUGGUGUUACUGAGGAACAUGGAACUGCUGUGGCUGAUGACGCUGAACUUAGAUGUAAACAAGGUGAUGCAUCUCUUGAAGUAUCUAGCGAAGCUUCUGUUGAUCAAGGUGAACCUGUUGCAUUUGGUGACAAUAAAGCUGUUGUAGUAGAUGAGGUUAAGCCCUCUUCGGCUACAGGAAAUGAAUCUGACGUGGUUCGUGAAGCUAGUGACAUUUGUCAAACAGGCGAAUCACAUGAUUUGGCUGCAGAUUACCAAUCGAAUAGUGACCAUCCAGAGAUCUUCGAUGCAUCAGCUACUUGUGAAGAGCUAGUUUCUCCAAUUGAAGGUCCUCGCCUUUCAGAUGAAACAUUGGAACCUGGAGUUAAGGCUCCUUGCUCAGCCCAGGAGAUGGGCUCGUCAGAUGUGACAUGUAAAGAUGUGGAAAAUAUAAAUGCAUGCAAUAUAUCUUCUCAAGAAGUUGAAACCAAAUGUUUGGAAGUAUUGGAACCUUCAUCUAUUGACGGGGUAGUUGUUCCAGUGGAGCACAAGAAUGAUGACAAAAAUGCACAGAAAGGCAAGGAGAAGAUUGCUGAAGACUCCACUGAUUCACCUAUGGAUCUUGAUAAGAGUCACAAGGGAUAUAUAAAGUUCAUUGGGCCACCGAAUUUGUUCCACAUAGUAAAGGUUCCAAGAUUUGCUGGUGAUGACGUCUGGGCAAGAGUACAGGAGGCGCAAGUUCAUCUGGAUCGCCUGACUCAAGAAAGAGAUGCACUUAAUGUUCGCAGGAAAAACCAGAAGGCUAUUGUUGAUGGGUAUAAAGACAAAUUUAAUGCAGCACGGCAAGAAGAGAGUGAAGCGAGAGCUGCUUUUGUUGAUAAGAGGAAUGGUCUAGAUAGUGCACGUUCAGUGAUUGGGAAGUUGAAUCAAGCAAAUUCAAUUGAAGAAAUUGAUGAGCUGAUUGCGAGGAAAGAGAGGACUAUGGAACAUGAGACCAUUUCUUUGAAACAAGAGAAGCUUUUCAUUAAAGAGAUUAAUGAACUAAAAACCCAAAGGAAGCAAGUGUGCUCCAAUCUGGGCUCAAAGGCUGAAAUCAGUGAAGCAUUCCAUCAAAAGGAUCACAUUCACGAGCAACAUAAGACUUUGAAGAAGGAAGCAGAUUUACUUUCAAAGAAUCUGAAGUCCCUUGAGGAGAACAGAAAAAAGAUUCAAAUUUCGUAUGAAGAUGAAAAAGCAGUUCUGGGAAAAAUAAUUGAUGAAUUGAAUGCUGCCAAUGUAAUACGUCAACAGGCCUACAAGAAUUGGUCUGCCCUGAGAACGGAACCAACCAAGAAGAACAAGUACUUCAGAAUGUACAUGACAGACCGCGAUGAGGUGAGCAAGUUUACUGACAAGGAUAAACUUGAGGCAUAUUGUAAUAAUCAGGUAAAGAACUUUAUGGAGAUGUGGAACAAAGAUGAUGACUUCCGCAGGAUGUAUGUUGAAGCAAACAAGUUUAGCACUCUGAAGAGACUUGAGACCCAUGAUGGAAGAUUACUUGGCCCUGGAGAGGAUCGUCCAGUCAUUCCCAGGAACAAUUUCAACAGAAGACCUAACAAUCCAUCUCAACUCACUGCUUCAAGCCCAAACAUGCCCAUUGCAACUUCAAAAGAAGCACCUGAAAAGUCUGCUGCAGUUGUAGUUCCUGUAGAAGAGGAUUCAUUUCCAGUUUUACCACCAACCCAGAUCCAUAAGCAGGUCAAAUCAAAGACAGCUGGUAGUUCAUCCCAGAAAGAAAUAACUACAGCUCCAGUGUCAGAAGUGGAAGAUGUAAAACACAUUGAAAAGGAAAAGGCCCGUCGUCCUGCUGAGGAGUUGGAGCUAACAAAGAAGGCGGAUGAGGAGUUGGCACGGAAGGAUAAGGAAAUAGAAGAGCAGAGGGCAGCUGAAAGGGAACGAAUUGUGUCGGAGCAGAAGGCCAAAGCUAAGGAGGCUGCUGAGAGGAAGAAAAGGCAAGCACAAAAGGCUCAGGAAAGAAUUGAGUUCAGAUUACUGAAGGAAGCCGAGGAGAGGGAAAAGAGGAAAGAACAGAAGAUCCAUAAGAUUGUCACAGUGCCAGCAGGCUUGGCAGGUGGUAAUGGCGAGGGCAGCUCUGCAGCUACAGGUACACCAGACACUGAAAGUAAUUCAUCCGAAAAUGCUAGGGAUUCCAAGGUUCCUCAACAAGCACCCCCAAGGAGGAAUACUAACAGGGCAGUGAAGCAGAUAAACAAGCUAGAGCCUAUGCCCGAUCCCCUGAAAAACAAGUUCAGAAAGAAAACGCAGCAUUAUGUUUUCAUUGGAGUUGCGGUUGCCCUAGCGGUUGUUGCGUUGAUCCUUGCAGGCAGAUCCUUAAACCUCCCCGGUUUAAAUUUUCUUGGCUCCUGAACUAGUUAGUACUACUCCCAAUGGAUGGCGAGGCGUUCUGCUCACAACCGUAGGGAGGUGGAGGUGGCUUCUGAUAGAAAAUCCGGCAGUUGUUUUGCGGGGAACUUUGUUGAUCUACCUAGACAUGGCUUAUUUUUUCUGUUUGAACCGUGGAUGCCGUUACUGUACUUAUUUUACCGUAUAGAUUGUGUUGGGAGUGCAUUGUGCUAGACUUAUCGGAUGGUGGCGACAUAUUCGUUAAAGUGAACAUAAUAAUAUCUAUAGAUUUAUUUUGGACAUA